AUGCAACGCCCCAAGCUUUCGCCUUUGCAGUCGAGACUGCUCGCCUACCUCGUCGCGUCUUCUGCCUGCCUUGCGCUAUGGACUUCCUUCACACCCCACCUCCUAGUGAAUGCGGAGGUGCUCACGAUCCCCAAUCAUGACGCGCUUGACGGUCGCGUACUUGAUGCGCUCACGGAUGGAGAAUUGCCGCACAUACAGGAUGCAGGCUUUGAUCAGAGAGGAAGCGAGGGCUAUGAGCCAGACUUUGGAAUACUCGACCGAAGCCUCAUUGGACGUCAAACCGCCGAGAUAGAGAGGCUGGUUGUCAAUCAAAAGAUGGCGAAGGAUAUUGCCCCAAGGGAAACGGUACACUUUGUGCUUCAAAGGGACCAGCUGCGCUUCCCAUCAAUUAAUGGCGAUUCCGCAAGUGCUCCGGAAGCACGGGGAAUGAAUGAUGGUUCUGACGAGGCUAGGCUGCGUAGGUUAGAAGUUGCUGGUACAGAGGGCACCACUCCUGAAGGGAUGGAAAAGCGACAGACUCGCAGUGGCAAUAUCUGGCUGACAGCAAACACUUGUAAACAGCCCAUGCCCAUGGGCAAUGCGACUGCAGCAUCUGGAAGAAACCACCCCCAACUCGUCAUGUAUGUUUCAACUUCGCCGGACAACCAGAAGCCAGGACCAGGCGCUACUGAGAACACUCUCACAAACAUAACUGGCGUCCUCUUCGAUGGUGGCUACGCCAACUUUGAACUCAACACCUCCUCAGAUGUGUAUAUUGGCAUUUCGGCCCCUAGCCUGAACGAUGACUGGUUCGGAAGUUGGCAUUUUGAACUUGCUGCAAGUACCGAUGGACCAUACCACAACUACAACGACGAUGAUCCCUUUCUGUACAUGGUAGACACAGACAGCGAGUCGGCACUAUUCAUCACCUAUGAUUUAGGUGACUCAAACGAGACCGAGGUUGUCAACAAGUGGAAAGAGCAAAAUCCGUUCCAGAUGUACGCUUUUAUGGAUGGAGACAAUACCCCAAUCAGAGGCAUGGAGCGUUCGUACUGCGCAAUCAAAGACAUGUUUAACGUGAACAACACUAAAAACUUCACUAUCGAUAGUAGUAUCACUACAAAGUUCGGUGGCGACAACAAGCCCAAGACCCAGUUUCACGUCAAGGGCCUACAGGCUGCGAGGACUUACAAUGGUUUCGUGGUGGUAGAGGGAAGUCAGGAGCCACUAUACAUACCCAACGCGGGCAUGACAAGGGGUGGUGGAAGAGUAUUCCAGGCCUUCAACUGGACUACCAAAGCUGGUAUGCUCUCCUCAAUGUUUCGAUUUGAUAACUCUGCUAACGACCCAUUAGACGACUCAUGCCAAGUCAUCUUUGACCUCGACUUCUGCGACAAAGUCGCCUACGCCGUCCCAUCCAACACAAACUUCAAACUCAACGACUCAGCCCUAGCAGAAAUCUAUGACAACCAAGCCCGCGACUACUACCUCAACUUCACCAGAUCCUUGUCACAAAUCGCGUGCGACACCGAACCCGCCGCACAAUACUCUCUCGCCCGCACAUGCGACGACUGUGAACGAGAUUACAAAAACUGGCUCUGCAUGGUCCUCAUCCCCCGCUGCGAAGACUGGACCGCAAACGACCCUUGGCUCCAACCCCGCAACGUCAACACGCCCUUUUCCAACGGCUCACUGCCCAUGGACGGCUUACCCCCACCACCCCCAGAUGGCUCCAUGGCCCCGGCUCCUCCACAGAUCAACGACACGCUACGUCAACACGCUGGUUUCAAUAGCUCGCGUAACCCGCGUAUCGACGAGUUGAUCAAACCCGGUCCGUACAAGGAGAUGAAGCCCUGCGAGGAUAUGUGCUUUGAUAUUGUUCGUAGUUGUCCGUCGAAACUUGGCUUUGGGUGUCCGGAUGGCAAGUUGAGGGACGUGGCGUAUGGGAAGAGAGAUCCGGAUCCUAAUAAGUUGACGUGUAAUUUCCCGGGCGCGGUUGUCAAGCUUAAUGCGCCGAGUGGUGCGGGGAGGUUGGGUGUAGGUCUGGGGUGUAUAGUGUUUUUGGUUGGGUUGACUUCUGCUGUGACUUUGGUCUGA